UGGGCCGAGAAAGCCCAAAUCAUAUGAGGAGCUAAAGUAGGCCGGCCCAGCUAGAGUGUAGAGCCUCCCUACAAAAUAGAAGAAGCUUGCGUUGCAUUGUGGGCCGGUCUCAUCCUCCUCCUGAAGAAACCCUACAAAGUGUAAAAGUAGCAAAAUGUCGGAAAAAAGGAAAGGAAGAAAAGAGGAAGUGGUUACCAGGGAGUACACCAUCAAUCUCCACAAGCGCUUGCAUGGAUGCACAUUCAAGAAGAAGGCUCCCACAGCCAUCAAGGAGAUCCGGAAGUUUGCUAUGAAAGCAAUGGGCACAAAGGAUGUCAGAGUGGACGUGAAGUUGAACAAGCACAUCUGGAGCAGGGGAAUCCGAAGUGUCCCAAGGAGGGUCAGAGUUCGUGUUGCUCGCAAAAGGAAUGAUGACGAAGAUGCAAAGGAGGAGCUCUACUCAUUGGUUACUGUAACAGAGAUCCCACCAGAGGGAUUGAAGGGGCUUGGCACCAAGGUCAUUGAGGAUGAAGAUUAAGCUAUCAAUAGAUACAUGAUUUGUUUGAGAAUGAUCAAUUUUGUUUGGGAACUUCAUUUAUUCUUGGACUAUUAGAUUGUGUGCCUUGGGCAUACAAGAUCCACUUAUCUGCGGUGUAUGACCAUGAAAGUAUUUUUGCUGAUUUCUAGAUUUUACUUGGUGUAUCUUGCUUACGGUAUUAUUGGAUAUUGUUGAUUUCUAUUGUA